UAUCUAUCUAUCUAUCUAUCUAUUCAUUUAUUUAUUUAUUUAUUUAUUGUUACAAUGACCACUUGUCCGAUGGUCCAUAUUUGUAUAAAUAAAUACAAGGCUUGUACAUGUAUGAGGAUGACAUGCGGCCAUGUUCACAAUAAAGUCAUAUCUAGAUUGUUUUAAUAAACACGUGAAUAAAAAAACAACGUAAAACAAGGACAAGUAAAACAGGGACAAAUAUUUGAUAAAGUAAAAUGCAUCCAAAUCCCGUUUCUUUAAUUCUUCUCGCGAUAUUCUGUUAACUGUGGUGUCCGGUAACUACACAUCACAUCUCAGGAGCUAACUCGGCUCAAGCUAGGCUAACUAGCUGCUGCAGAGUGACAUGUAGUCAACUUUACACUUAGUUUCAAUGAGGGAGCUUCCAGAGUGAUUGUGACAUGGAGUUAAGAAAGAUCAAGGACCAGUCUCCAUUGGUCCAGGCUAUAUUUAGCCGAAAUGCAGAAGAAGUUACAUUUUUGUUGAACCAUGAUGAAGAUGUCAAUUCACUGGACGAAGGCCAAAGCACACCACUUCAUGCUGCUGCUUAUUUGGGCGAUGUCCACUCUAUGGACCUACUUAUUACUUCAGGUGCGGAUGUCAAUGCUAAGGACCAGGGUUUGCUGACUCCUUUACAUCGAGCAGCUGCCUCUCGAAAUGAAAAAGCCGUUGAGCUGCUACUAAUGCACAGCGCAAAGGUCAACACACAGGACAAGUACUGGCAUACACCUUUACACAUGGCAGCUGCUAAGUGGGCCACAGGCUGCGCUAAAGCUCUGAUACCACAUGUGUGCAGCCUGGAUGCUGCUGACAGGUCGGGAAGGACACCACUGCAUCAUGCAGCGCACAGUGGUCAUGGAGAGAUGGUGAACUUGCUUCUGAGCAAAGGUGCAAAUGUGAGUGCCAAAGAUGAGAAGGAAAGGCAGGCAAUCCACUGGGCUGCAUACCUUGGACAUGUGGAAGUUGUGAAGCUGCUGGUGUCUCACAGUGCUGAUGUGAUGUGCAAAGACAAACGUGGUUACUCUCCGCUCCAUGCUGCAUCCGUCAGUGGACAGUUAGACGUGGUCAAAUAUCUAUUGAGACUGGUGGUUGAGAUUGAUGAACCGAACAUUUUUGGGAACACAGCGCUCCACAUGGCCUGUCACGCGGGGCAGGACACUGUGGCCACUGAGCUAGUGAACUGUGGUGCCAACAUCAAUCAGCCCAAUCACCACGGCAGCAUGCCGCUGCACCUGUCUUCUGCCUCCUCCAGCGGGGUGCUGUGUCUCGAGCUGCUCAUCAACAAUGGUGCUGAUGUCAACGUGCAGAAUAAAGAAGGAAAGAGCCCUCUGCAUAUUGCUGCUAUGUUUGGGCGCUUCACAGGCUCCCAGAUUCUAAUCCAAAAUGGGGGGGAGAUUGACUGUGCUGAUAUGUUUGGAAACACUCCUCUUCAUGUUGCUGCCAGAUAUGGUCAGGAGUUGCUGAUCAGCACUCUGCUGACAAACGGUGCUGAUAAGACCAGACAGGGCAUUCACGGGAUGCUUCCACUGCAUUUGGCGGCGCUUUACGGAUUUCCAGACUGUUGUCGAAAGUUACUGUCCAAUGGCCAGUUUUACAUCAUGCCGUCUCAGGUGCCGUCAGCUGGGGAUGAUAUAAACAUUUUAGACGACCACGGAAGGACCUGUCUGCAUGCAGCUGCCUCUGGAGGAAAUGUUGACUGUCUGAACUUGCUGUUGAAUAGUGCCGCUGCUGAACUGGAUGCUAAAGAUCAUUUGGGAAGAUCUCCUUUGCACUAUGCCGCAGCUAACGGGAACAGUCAAUGCACAAUCUCAUUGGUGAGAGCCGGCGCUGAUGUCAAUGAGCUGGAUCUGACGGGGUGCAGCCCUCUGCAUUACGCUGCAGCUUCACACACCUUUUGUGGGGAAACCAACUCAGAGCCCGACCACUGUGAUGAAAAGCAACAGGAAGCCUCUCUGUGUUUAGACUUCUUGCUUGACAACGGAGCAAACCCAACUCUCAAGAACAGUAAGGGUUACAGUGCGGUCCACUAUGCAGCAGCUUAUGGGAACAAACAGCACCUGGAACUGCUCCUGGAGAUCUCGUUCAACUGUCUAGAAGAGGUUGAAAGUAAUAUUCCAGUCAGUCCUUUGCACUUAGCUGCGUAUUAUGGUCACUGUGAGGCACUGCGUUUACUUUGUGAGACAUUAGUGAGUCUGGAUUUGCGGGACAUGGAAGGCAGAACUGCCCUCCAUCUGGCUACUCGGGGGGGGUUUGCAACGUGUGUGGAGGUGCUGCUGAAGCAUCAAGCCUCCUACACACUGAAGGAGCACAAGCACAAGCAGACGGCUCUCCAUGCUGCAGCUGCUGAGGGCCAAAUGGACUGUCUGCUUUUAUUGGUCAGUGGGGAACAAAGUGCCGACAUCAUCGACAGUCCAGAUACACAGGGACAGACAGCUCUCAUGCUGGCAGCUCUGGGACGUCACACAGACUGUGUCCACAUCCUGUUGGAGAAAGGAGCAAAGGCAGAUGCUGCAGACAAAAAGGGCUUCACUGCAUUACACAGAGCUGCCAUUUUGGGCAGUGAGGACUGUGUAUCUGCUCUGUUGGAACAUGGGGCCUCUCCUCUGUGUAGAGAUUCUAAGGGAAGAACCCCGCUGCACCUCGUAGCGUCCCGUGGACACACAGAGCUACUUCAAACUUUGCAAAAGGCUGCUAUGAAAGCUGACCCUCUAGACUCCAUAUUGGACUUCAGAGGCUACACACCAACCCACUGGGCGGCCCACCAUGGGCGUGAAGGAUGUUUACACAUUUUACUUGAAAACAAACUUUUUAGCAACCAGGAGGGGAAUCUCUUCACUGCAUUGCACUGUGCUCUAGUUAAUGGACAUGAUGUUGCUGCUGGACUUCUGGUGAAGACUGUUGGUCCAAAACUUGUUCACGUUAGCGAUGCCAAAGGAAGGACAGCGCUGCAUGCAGCUGCUUAUUCAGGAAAUGUUGCUGGGCUCCAGCUGGUCCUGGCCCAGGGAGCAGAAGUCAAUGCUGUGGACCAUUGUGGAUGCUCUGCGUUGAUGGUUGCUGCUGACUAUGGACAGACUAUGGCCGUUGAGUUCUUGCUCCACAAAGCGAAUCCUGACCUGACCCUGGUAGAUGUCGAUACUAAUACUGCCCUUCACUUAGCCUGCAGCAAGGGUCAUGAGAUGUGUGCCCUGUUGAUCCUCGGAGAGACCAGCGACUCCUCUCUCAUAAAUGCAACAAACAGCACUCUCCAAAUGCCCCUUCACAUUGCAGCAAGGAAAGGCCUGGCAACUGUAGUGCAGGUGUUAUUAAGCAGAGGGGCUGCAGUCAUGGCUGUAGAUGAGGAAGGCCACACUCCGGCCCUGGCCUGUGCCCCAAACAAGAAUGUGGCAGACUGCCUGGCGCUGAUCCUUUCCACCAUGAAGCCUUUACCACCCAGAGAGGCCGGCGCUGGUACGACCUCCCACUUCAACCCCAUUCUGAAGAAGUAUGGCAUUUCAGCCACCUGUGGGUCCAGCGGUAACCUGUGUCACGCCUAAGUCAAGGUGUCGUACUCGAGGGUACUGUGGCCCUGCUUGGGUGUUUGACAGAGUGAAAUUUCAGCCCAGUGCAGCCCAAAGUGUCACACAUUACCACACAUACAGGUCUUCAGGAACAUGUGUGGUCAUGCAUAGCUUCUUCUCUUGCGUGUGGUGACAUUAAUAGUGUCAUAUGCAGCUGCAUGCGCACCAUGUGCUUAUGCAACAGCAGCCUCGAUUGCUUCUUUGAAAUCUCGUCUUACACACUUCUAAUAUUAGCAGGCCUUUUAGAUUAUUAUCAUGAUUUGAGUCUAGCACACAUAUACUUAUUUUAAUGAAGUACUAACCAUUGUAAAAUAAUGGAAGUUUGAACGUGAGCACACUACACAAGCCUCUCCCCUCGAUCCCCGUCCGCUGUCAGUAUUUGCUUAAUUUCUCAUUAACCGACAAAGCCUGACAUUUUCAAUGUUUGUCUUCAGCUGAUGCAAGUGCAAGAAUACUCGUAUGAUUGAGUGUUUGUUUUACAUAUGUGUGUGUCUGCAGGAGCUAUUUUGCAUAAUGGGCAUUGCUUCUUAAUAUACUUGUUUUAAAAUAUCUAACGGGUGCUUUAAACCUUUUAUGCAAUUAAUAAGACUCUAUUUUUAUAUCCUGUCCAGAGUGUAGCAGACAGUUCACUGAUAUAAAUAACCUUAUUAUUCAAAUAUGAUUUUAAAUGUUUUACAUUUCAGUUUAGUAAAGUCACAAGCAUAUGUAUAGUAGUAGUUAUAUUUACAAAGUCUAUUAUAUAAUAUUAUAGUUCUUGAAAAUAGAGUUAACAUUUGUAUUAUCUUGAAUUUCCCAAAUGAUUGAGAAUCAACCUCAGGUCACGACGUACUGUACUGUGGGUGCAAUACAAACUACAUUUUUAGCUGCAUGUUCCAUGACAAAUAUAUAACAGUAGGAUCAUAUUUCAGUUAAACUGAAAAGGCAGUUAAAUAAAUGGAAUGCGUUAAUAUGAAUAAUUUCCAAACACAGAAAAAAAAAAAUCUGUCAGUCUCUGAGCAUUAAAGUCUUUAGCAAAUGUAUCUUUUCACUACAUUUGCCACUAAAGAUUAAUUGAAUUUUUGAUAAAUAGGUUAAUUAUAACUUUUCAUAAUAAUGAAAAAUAAUAGCAGUCUAAAACCCAAAGAUAUUUAAUUUACAUAGCAAAUCCGUUAUGGUUAAGAAGCUAAAUCCAGAAGAUAUAAAUUAAAUGUUUUGCUUGAUGAAUUGGUAAAGGAAUUUUUUGUUAAUCAACCAGUCAAUUCAUUGUUUCAGCGCCACAUUUUACUUCUGUUAUCGCUGUAAUGUUGACUGUGCAUUGAAAUGUAACAUCAGAAACAGCGUACAUCUAAUGCCACUAACGAUCUCUGUGAAUCACUAGUAAAUUAAAUUGUGUGUCUAGUAAAUAUGUCAAAUAAUUUAUGAUUAAGAGAAGACAAAUUGGCAACACCCCCCAAAUAAAGUAUUGUUCUAUCAGUUUAUUUUGUUUUUUUACUUCUUAAAAAAAAUGUGAACAAUGGUAUGAAGAUGUCAUUGCAUCUAUCUCAUUUAAGAUAAUGUUUUUAUAAAGGUGUGCAUUAAAUGUUUUUUGUUUUUUGUACAAUUCAAAAACUGUAUCCACACAGACUGACAUUUUCCCCUUUUGCUAAUUAUUAUUUUUUUCCUAGUAAUACCUGCUGUGUCCACUUAAAAUGGCUUUAAACUAUUUGCACUCUGACAUGAAAGUUUACAGUAAGAUGUCCACCUUAGGUUUAUGCAAAUAUGUAACAUUUGAAAGUGCAUUUUACAACUUUUGGUUUUAGAAGUACCAAUAAACACUAGAAUCCAAUUCA